AAGCACACACGAAAAAUAACUUUUCUUCCUGGUCUGCAGCAGCUGCUCGCACGUGAGUUGGAACGUUGUCCUGGAGAUGUUAACAAACCCAGAAGGACUGAAUGAUGACCCGGAUGAGGGGUUCGGGGCCUUCGUGGCGCUGCAGGGUGGGGCCCUGCAGUCCUCAGGGGUCCCUCAGGUCUAUUGGAAGAGCCUCUAUCACAAGAUCACCAACGAGGUCUACGAUGCCGGCGAGGUGUUUGGAAUAAUGCAGGUCCAGCAGGAGGAAGAUGGGGAAAAUGGGGAGAGGAAAAAAGGCAAUUAUGGAGUGGUGAUUGGGUGUAAAGUGGUUGUUACUCGGGAAAGUGGGCUGGAAGUCUCCGAUCCAACCAGCAUCUUUCUGGUUGACCAUGCUUGGACAUACCGGGUGGAGCACGCCCGGCAGCAGCUGGAGCAGAUUCCGGGACUGCUGCCCAGGAUGGCCUCCCUCAUGGGGGUGGACUUCCACGGCGAGGACCCUCCUCCAGACGUAGUGGAGUUGAUAUUGGAGCGCAUGUGGAAAUACAACCAGACCUACCAGCUGUCCCAGGGGUCAGCAGAAGAAAAAGUUCCUGUGUGGUACAUCAUGGAUGAGUUUGGCUCCCAGGUGCAGCACUUGGACCAUCCCAGCUGCUGCAUGGCCCCCUUCUUCUACAUGCAGGGUCAGCUGGCCUACACUCUGCUCUGGCCUCUGCAAGAUCUGCAAGAAGGUGCCGGAGACCGAGACAAGACCGAGACCAAAUGCGGUCGAGUCCGAGACGAGACUGAGACCAUCAAAAAUGGUCUCGAGACCAAGACCGGUCUCAAGUACUACAACACUGAUGAAGUAACCCGCGAUUAUGCAUAUGGGGAGACCAACCCGUUGCUACGGAGAUGCCGGUUGUUACCGUGGAUACAUGAUGAUCUGGAAGGAGUGAGCAGUGCCGUCACAGAACCAGCAGAUUCUUACUAUGAGGCCAUCGCACGAGAGAACAAGGAACAGCUUCCUGUUGAAAUCCAGCCUUCUACUGUUCCCAACGACAAAAUCCUCAAAGUCUUCACUCAAAUGUCUCAAGUAAGACACAACCUGACACAUCCUCGCUUUAUUCUGGUGGAGGAAGAGGAUGAGGCUGACAUCAUUUGGAAUUAUGAUCACAUCAAAGACUACAGGAAGCUGAGUGAAGAGCGGCCUCAUGUCAUGCUGAACCAGUUCCCCUGUGAGAGCUUAGUGACAGUGAAGGACUGCCUGGCUGCCAUGGGCCGCAGGCUGAAAGGCGGUCCCACAUCUGACUGGCUUCCAGAGACCUUCAACCUCCAGACGGAGCUUCCACACUUCAUCAAACAUUAUCAGCUGAGACGACUCAGGGGAGAAGACAACUACUGGAUCUGUAAGCCGUGGAACUUGGCCCGGGGUCUGGACACACACAUCACCAGUAAUCUGAACUGUAUCAUCAGACAGAGAGAGAGCACACCAAAGGUGGUGUGUAAGUACCUGCAUGAUCCGGUGCUAUUCAGCAGAGAAGAAGUAGGAAUGGUAAAGUUUGACAUUCGCUACAUGCUGAUGCUGCGCUCGGUGCAGCCACUGCGUCUCUUUGUCUAUGAUGUCUUCUGGCUGCGCUUCGCCAACAAGCCCUUCUCUUUGGAUCAUUUCGAUGACUACCAGAAACACUUCACUGUUAUGAACUAUGCAGAAGGAAUGCAGCUUAAACAGGUUCACUAUGAUGAGUUCAUCCCCAUGUUUGAGCAACAGUACCCUCAGUAUCCAUGGAAAGACGUGGAAGCAGGCUUAUUUAAGGCUUUCAAGGAAUUCUUCCAAGCCGCUUCAUCUCGGCCAGCACCGUAUGGAAUCUGUCCACAUCAGUCAUCCCGGGCCAUCUAUGCUGUGGAUCUCAUGUUGAAGUGGUGUCAAGGGCAAAAUGGUGAGCGGUUCAUGCAGCCUCAGAUCCUGGAGUUGAACUUUAGCCCUGACUGUGCCCGGGCCUGCCUCUACCAUCAUGACUUCUACAACCACAUGUUCCAGACUCUGUUCCUGGAUCAGCCUGAGAACUGUCCAGUCACUCAGAUAGUGUGAACAAAGCUUCACUACAGAUGGUUUAGGCUUUUAUCAGCUUUUUCAGUAUUAAACUGGCUGAUGUGUUUCACUGCAACAUAUUUUGUCCAAUCAAUUAUAAGGUAAACGACCUGCUCAGAAA